UAUUUGGUUGAAUCAAAAAUUUCGUUAAAAAUUAAAGUCGGAUUUACAUUCGCCACUUGAGUUCAAUACGGUUUGGACCCCCUUCCGGCUCAGCCACCGCCACUGCCUCUGCUUGCUUGGGUCUUCGGAGUAACAACUUGAAUAUAAAGAGCGUCGAGUAGGCCUCACUUGUUUAGACGCCCGACAGCAGCCAAGCAACAUCUUCGAAGCGGUGGUGAUCGUCGUACCUGACUCUGGAUCUUUCAAACUAAAAAUAAACCGUCUGGCACUAUAAAUUUCAAAGGGCAAAACUGAUAAGGCAGAGGAUAGAGUGGCAGACGCAGCAGCAUCAUCAUCGUCAGCGUCUGGGUUAAGAUGAAUGCAUUUUUGAUGCUUGGCCUCGUGCUUGCAGUCUUUUGGGCUGGGCUACCCCAUUCGGCGUUGGGCAAUAGCAAUACUUGCUCUGCAGCUGUCCUCGAUGCUCGGCGAUUCUUUCAGCAUGAGAAUGAGCAACUGCGUCAGCGGUACAACGAAGAGUUCCUGGCUGCAUACACAUACAAUACGAAUGUCACGGAAGCGAACCGUGAGGCGAUGAUUACGAUUUUUGCCAAAAAUGCUAAGGAGACCAAACGAUUGGCCGAGCAGAUUAAGUCAUCCGACUAUGACCAAUCAUCAGAUGCCGACAUCAGAAGGCAGUCGCGUCUCUUGUCCGAAAUGGGUUCCGCCGCCCUCAAUCCCGAGGAUUAUCUGACUCUCAAAAAUGCUAUCAGCUCCAUGCAGUCGAAUUACGCGACCACCAAUGUGUGCUCCUACAAAAAUCGCAGCGAUUGUUCCCUCACCCUGGAACCGCAUAUACAGGAGCGUCUAUCGAAAAGUCGGGAUCCGGAUGAGUUGGCCUGGUACUGGAGAGAAUGGUACGACAAGGCGGGCACUCCUCAGCGGGAGAAUUUCGCCACAUAUGUGAAUCUCACACGCAAAGCCUCCCAGCUAAAUGGUUAUCGCUCUUAUGCCGACUAUUGGGUACAUUUCUACGAAGAUCCCGAUUUCGAGCGGCAGUUGGAUGCGACAUUUAAAGCCAUUUUACCAUUCUACCGGCAAGUUCAUGGUUACGUUCGUUAUCGUUUGCGGCAACAUUACGGCGAAGAUGUGGUUCCCGCUGAGGGAAACAUACCCAUGCACUUGCUGGGCAAUAUGUGGGGUCAGGCCUGGAACGAGGUGAUCGAUCUCUUCACGCCGUAUCCGGAGAAACCCUUUGUCGACGUCAAGUCGGAAAUGCAGAAACAAGAGUACACGGUCAACAAGUUGUUUGAACUGGGCGAUCAGUUCUUCCAAUCCUUGGGGAUGCGUGCCUUGCCCCCGAGUUUCUGGAACUUAAGUGUCCUCACAAGACCCCAAGACCGCGAGAUAGUGUGCCAUGCUUCCGCUUGGGACUUCUAUCAGGACAGCGAUGUACGCAUUAAAAUGUGCACCGAAUUGGAUACACACUAUUUAUAUGUGGUCCACCAUGAGCUGGGGCACAUUCAAUACUACCUCCAAUAUGAACAGCAGCCGGCUGUUUACCGGGGAGCCCCCAACCCGGGCUUUCACGAAGCCGUGGGCGAUGUCAUCGCCCUGUCCGUCAUGUCAGCAAAGCAUCUGAAGAGUAUCGGUCUCACAGGCAGUGGGCGGUUGGAUGAGAAAAGCCGCAUCAAUGAGCUGUUCAAACAGGCUCUCACGAAAAUCGCCUUUCUGCCAUUCGGUUACACCAUGGACAAAUAUCGAUAUGCCGUUUUCCGCAAUGAACUGGAUGAGUCUCAAUGGAACUGUGCCUUCUGGCAGAUGAGAUCCGAGUUCGGUGGUAUCGAACCGCCAAUCAAUCGUUCCGACAAGAACUUCGACCCCCCUGCCAAGUAUCACAUAGACGCCGAUGUGGAGUACCUGAGGUACUUUGCCGCCCACAUAUUUCAGUUCCAGUUCCAUAAGGCUCUCUGUCAGUUGGCUGGCCAAUAUAGCUCGACGGACAAUCGGCUUACCCUGGACAACUGUGACAUCUUUGGUAGCAAGGAUGCUGGAAAGGCUUUGAGUAAAUUUCUAUCGCUGGGCAACUCAAUCCAUUGGAAGGACGCUCUACAAGAAUUUACAGGCGAAACCGAAAUGAAUCCCUCUGCCCUCUUGGAAUACUUUGAGCCCCUCUAUCAGUGGCUUAAACAGGAGAACAGUCGGCUUGGCGUCCCCUUGGGUUGGGGAGAGACAAACAAAAUCCCAUCUGACUGCUGCGGACCUUUUAGCACAUAAGGAAUCAACUGACUUAGUUCUAAGUGAAUGUACCGGAGUCAUAAGAAAAAUUACCAAUUUUUAUAAAAAUAUUUUGGACAAAUUAAAUGAUUGCCUAGAGAGUAUCUAGGAAAAGUAUAAAA